AUGCAUCUAACAUGUUUAACUGGUUUGAUUUUGGUAUAUUUCUUUAAAUUGUGUUUUGUGAAUAACAAAAAAAUAGUAGCACUAAGUAACCAUAUUAAAUUAACACCUAUUAAAAACGAGCUAUAUUCUAAGAAGCAUAAACUAUUAAAAAAAUUAAAUUUUAUUUUUGAGAAAAAAAAGAAAAAUAAGUAUGAAUUAAAAAAUUUAGAAAAUAUUCCUUUAUUUGUAAUAACAAAUGAGUUUGAUGAAAUUAUAUUAUCCUUUAACUUAGAUGAUGAAAAUAAGAAAAAAGAAAAAAAAAGAAAUAUUAAUUUUAAUGAAAAUAAUGAUUAUCUUUAUGACAUAAUAUGGGAAAAUGAUACCUUCUUAUUUCCCUUAAUUAAAAAUAAAGAAAAAAGUAGAAAAGAAAUAAACCUAGAUAAAAUACAUAACAAUAAUUGUAUAGGCAUUUUUUUUUUCGACUUAAAAACUGCUGAAGCCUACAAAGACGAUAUUUUAUAUUUGUUUAACAAAAAUUUAAAAGAAAAAAAAAAAAAUAAAUUAUUUUUUGGUUCAAAAAUAAAACUAACAAACUUAGAACAUUUUUUCAAGAUCAAAAAUUCUUAUAAAAAUAAAAUCGAUUUUAUUUUAAUACCCAGUUACAGUGAACUUCAGAAUGUUUUAAAAAAUAAAAAUAUCUUUUUUGGAACGCCAAUUUAUUAUAUAAAUAAGAUCAAUUUACAUAAAUCCUACAUAAAAAAGAAUUUUUAUGAAUUGUUUUAUAAGAAUUUAAAAAAAGAAACAAGAAUUGAGUUAUCUCCUAAUAUUUUUAUAACAUAUACUAUUGAAAAAGACGAAAAAUACAAUUCUUUAAUUAUACAAUUAGAAACUGAAAAUAAGAAGUAUAUACCUGUUUUUUUUUCUUAUGAACAAGCUGUUAAUUUUUAUAAAAUUUUUUUAAAACAUUUUAAAAACAACUUUCAUGAUUACUGUCUACCAAAACCACAUGUAAUUUUAUAUUCUUUUGAAAAUUUAUUAAUUCUAUCAAAAAUUGCUAAUGACAAAAAUAUUAAUUUUUACAAUAUAUUUUUUAUUCCCAAUGAUAUUUCGUUUUAUCAGAAUUUGUAUUCUCAUAAUUAUAAUAUUUUCACUUUCUACAUUAAAAAAUUUUUUCAAAAAAUUAACUAUGAUUUGUUUAGAUCUUUCAGAAAAAAUUUAAAUUAUUUAAUAUCAGAUUAUAUAUAUAAAUAA